AUGCCUGGGAGAUCGGGAGGAGUCAACGGCAGUUGGAUACAGCACACUGGCAGCAGCAGCAGCAUUGGCGGUGGCAUCGGCGGUGGCAUCUUCAAGGAGGUGUCAACAGAGGUUGAAUACAGCACCACUGGCGGCAGCAGCAGCAGCAACAGCGAAGUGUCAACAGAGGUUGAAUACAGCAGCACUGGCGGCAGCAGCAGCAGCGGCAGUGACAUCGGUGGUGACAUCUUCAAGGAUGUGUCAACAGUGGUUGAAUUCAGCACCACUGGCAGCAGCGGCAGCAGCGGCAGUGACAUCGGCGGUGACAUCUUCAAGGAUGUGUCAACGGUUGUUGGAUUCAGCACCACUGGCAGCAGCAGCAGCAUCAGCGGUGGCAUUGGCGAUGACAUCUUCAAGGAGGUGUCAACGGAGGUUGAAUACAGCACCCAUGGCAGCAGCAGCAGCAGCGGCAGUGACAUCGGCGGUGGCAUCUUCAAGGAAGUGUCAACAGAGGUUGAAUACAGCACCACUAGCAGCAGCAGCAGCACUUGCAGUGGCAUCGGCGGUGUCAUCUUCAAGGAGGUGUCAAUGGAGGUUGAAUACAGCACCACUGGCAGCAGCAGCAGCAGCGUCAGUGACAUCGGCGGUGACAUCUUCAACGAUGUGUCAACAGUGGUUGAAUUCAGCACCACUGGCAGCAGCAGCAGCAGCAGUGGCAUUGGCGGUGACAUCUUCAAGGAUGUGUCAACAGUGGUUGAAUUCAGCACCACUGGCAGCAGCAGCAGCGGCGGCAGUGACAUCGGCGGUGACAUCUUCAAGGAUGUGUCAACGGUUGUUGGAUUCAGCACCACUGGCAGCAGCAGCAGCAUCAGCGGUGGCAUUGGCGAUGACAUCUUCAAGGAGGUGUCAACGGAGGUUGAAUAUAGCACCACUGGCAGCAGCAGCAGCAGCAACAGUGACAUCGGCGGUGUCAUCUUCAAGGAUGUGUCAACAGUGGUUGGAUACAGCACCACUAGCAGCAGCAGCAUUGGCGGUGGCAUCGGCGCUGGCAUCUUCAAGGAGGUGUCAACGGAGGUUGAAUACAGCACCACUGGCGGCAGCAGCAGCAGCAGCAGCAGUGACAUCGGCGGUGACAUCUUCAAGGAUGUGUCAACAGUGGUUGGAUACAGCACCACUAGCAGCAGCAGCAUUGGCGGUGGCAUCGGCGGUGGCAUCUUCAAGGAGGUGUCAACGGAGGUAGAAUACAGCACCACUGUGGGCAGCAGCAGCAGCAGCGGCAGUGACAUCGGAGGUGACAUCUUCAAGGAUGUGUCAACAGCGGUUGGAUACAGCACCACUAGCAGCAGCAGCAGCAGCAUUGGCGGUGGCAUCGGCGGUGGCAUCUUCAAGGAGGUGUCAACGACGGAUGGAUACAGCACUGCCUUGAUGGCAAAGGAAGUGGCCCUGUCCAAAUGA